AUGAAAGAGCUGGAGUACAUAUAUUUGGUUUACUACCGAAAGCUGGUGCCUCAAGCUCUGCUAGCUACUAUGUUUGUUUAUUCCAAAGGUUGGGUGUUGACUUGGCUCAUCUCUUGUAUGGACAUUUUUCUGCGGAAUAGAUGUUACAGUUUCAGGCUGGAUCAAUUUUUGGGAGGAGGCCCUGGAGGCAUCUCUUAUCCAGAGAACAGAGACAGGGAGAACGAUGGGGUGGAGCGGUGGCGAUGUUGGAGGUUUCAGUUGAGGAAGAAGCAGCUAGAUCUAGCCAGGGCUCAAUCAUUUAGAAAGAUUACUGAAUGUUUGUCUCCCAGAUUCAGUUCCCUCUACUGUCAUAUCUCCUUUUGCAAUUUGCUGUAUGCACUUUAUUCACAACAGAAAUAUUUUUUCUUAUCAAUUGAAAAGGAAUCGAUAGCUGGACAAGCAGUGGAUGUAUUUUCCCGAAGUGGAACUAAAAGAUCUUAA